AUGGCAGGAUUACAAUCGAACAGAAACAGCAUGAUAGCUAUGUCUCCUUCUGGCUCUUCUAGUGUCAUGAAAUUGACUCAACCUACAUCUCCUUUUGCGCCGAAGAUCACCUCGAUCUCCGAUGGUUCUAUAGUGCAUUCAAAAAUAAUUGUCGUCAGUGGAGAAAUUAAUGAGCCGCAACUCAGGCCGAUGGACGGCAAUAUAGCUGUACAACACGACAAGGACGGGCAAGCAUUUCCAUCUACCAAUUGGCCCGUGUCAGACUCGUACUUCAAGGCUUUGGUCUAUCUUUCCCCAGGCUGGAACAAACUGCGAUUUGAUUUUACUUCUCCUAAGCUGAGUUCAUCCAGUAACGGUCCUCCUUCGGUGCAUUCAUCAUAUAUCAUGGUCAACUACCUACCUCUAAAUAGUGCACCUCCGCUACAGCUAGUGGUUCUCCUAGGGAAGGACUCGCCUGGGACAUUCGACGCCACCCCUUCAAGAAUACAGAACGAGGGAAAUGAUCUGAGCAUGGCUAUCCGCAAGUUCCGCAUGGCUGCACACCUAUGGCAGGCCUUCACAGCUGAACAAAUGUACAGACACAAGUUCGGACGUAGAGCUUUCAGGUUCGACGAGGAAUGGCAGACUGGCACACUGUCGAUCCAGGACUGGGAGACUGGCGUGCAAAAGAACGAGACAAGAGUGCAUGUUGUCCGCUGCGAUCGGACCGUAGCCGAGCUCAGAGACCUCAAUCUUGCCCAGCAGAAUAAUCAAGCCUCGAAGAAGGGAGACUUGUUCAGUAUUGCUGGCGAUACCAUUAGCAAACAUUUCAAUAUCAAACCCGGUCAGAAACAGUAUGUUGCCUGCUUGAUACUUGACUCCCAUUGGGACAAGCAAGCUGGGACCAUUACUGCCCACGCUGCACUAGGAGGUGGAGGUGAUGAUCUAAAGCUUGCGAUAUUUGGUUCACAUGCUUUGCAAAGUUACCCUUCCUGUAUCGAGGAGGUUGUGCCUGCCUUUACGGAUUGUACAAAGACUGAUACCAGCCACGUUGCGAAUGAUUGCAACGAGUCUGGAAGCAGUUGGGAAGCAGCCAAUAUUGGCAUUGGUGCACAUCUACAUGAAGUCGGUCAUCUGCUUGGAUCACCUCAUCAAGAGACAGGUGUCAUGCUGAGAGAUUAUGUUCGCCUUAAUCGCACCUUUUGCAUACGAGAACCUUACUCGACACGAACAAAAUCUCCUGGUAUGAGAGUAUGCAAGCAAGAAGACGAAUGUGGUUGGCAUAGACUCGACAUCUUGCGUUUCAGAUAUCAUCCCUGUUUCCGGACCCCUGGCGACGAGCCGUUCAACACGACCGACAACAGCAUACAAUACUAUGGCAUUGAUGGCGGUAGAUUGAUCGUCUUGGCUUCGACUGGCGUCGCUUUCAUCGAGAUUCGAAUCGAUGGAGCAGAUCUAUGCCAUCAUUGGACAGAAUACCUGAACGCCGAUCCACGUAAUGCAGUACUGCCUCGACAAGUCAUUAUCACAGAGGCUGAGAUCCGAUCCAAGCUUCCUGAGGACAAAAAGAAGAGCAAGGUUUCCCUACAGAUCUGGUCAGGCAGCUCUACCUCAACAGAGAUCAAUGAUUUGGCAGAGGUCCUUUCGCAGAAGAAUAUCAUCGUCCUGCCUCCCGUCAAGCUUGCGCCGAGUGACGGUAUGAUGAUGAAUAUGGUUGGAAAGAGCUUUGGGGACAAAAGAUAUGGGUUUAAGAGUAAGAAGCUGGGUCAUUCAAGCAUGAACGGCAGCAAACCUCAAGAAAUCAUCCUGCAAAGCUGUAUCUACCAGAACAAGUUACUGCUUUCUGUCAAAGUCUGGGCUGGCAUGGCUCUGGACGGUAUCGAAUUCUGCUACGAGGACGGAUCUUCACAGCUCUUUGGAAAGUCUGGUGGUAGUGUUUCUGAGUUUCAACUAGGCAAGUGA